AUAUGAGGGAAGAUUGAAGCUCCUUGCUUGGGUUCGAGUAUUUGAACACGCCAAACCCGGGGGCUUCAGGUUGGUGCGGUCCAUGUCGGGCAUUUGAAACUUCGGGGGUAGCCCAGCAUUGGGGAACACAACCAUUAUGGAUACGCCAUUGGCAGUUGUACUCUUAAAGGUCUUAUUAAUGCUUUUAUGAAUGAAUCUAUUACCAAGUUUCUUAUUAUAUUAUAUUCACCAAAAGCCUCUAUUAAAAUGAUAGUUCUUACAAACAAAUCUAGAGAAACAAAAUAUUCACAAAGUAAAAAAAUAGAAGAAUGACAACUCCCCAACAUUUACACAUUGCGUUAUUCCCCUUCAUGUCCAAAGGCCACACCAUUCCUCUUCUACACUUAACCAAACUCAUACACAACCAUCGACCCAAAGCCACCUUCACCAUCUUCACCACCCCGGCUAACGAGCCCUUUAUCUCGGCCUCGCUUUCGACACUCUCUCCUAACACCGUCACCAUUAUUUCCCUUCCCUUCUCAUCCACCAACGAUGACAUUCCCACGGGAGUCGAAAGCACUGAUCGACUCCCGUCUAUGUCCCUCUUUCACUCAUUUGCUUUCGCAACUGAAACGCUGCAACCUCACUUUGAUAGCGCCCUCGAAAAUAUACAAAAACAAGACAACCCCAUUAGUUUCUUCAUUUCUGAUGGUUUUCUCUACUGGACUCAACCAUCAGCAGCUAAGUUUAAUAUCCGUAGAUUAGUCAUCUUCGGUAUGAACAUGUAUGUUUCUGCUCUUUCAAGGUCAGUGUUGGUUAACAAUGUAUUUUCGGGGCUCGAGUCCAAGGAUGAGUUAAUCCAAGUACCAGAGUUUCCUUUGAUUAAGCUACGAAAAGAUGAUUUUGAUAGCUCUUUUAAUGAGUUUGAUACUCAAGAUCCAAAGUUCGAUUUUAACAUCAAGUUUCGUAAUUCCAUUAUAAUGAGCUGUGGUGUUAUUAUGAAUAGUUUUAGUGAACUUGAGCAACCGUUUGUGGAAUAUAUGAACUCAAUCUCAGAUGAGCCUAAAUCUUGGUGUGUUGGCCCGCUUUGUUUGGCUGAGAAGCAAACAACGUUAGAAAGUCCGGAGAAGCCUGAAUGGAACAAAUGGUUGGAUAAAAAGUUGGAUGAAGGAAAGCCUGUCAUGUACAUUGCGUUCGGGUCACAAGGUGAGAUAAGUAAUGAGCAACUGAAGGAGAUUUUAACCGGGCUCGAAAAAUCGGAAGCAUGUUUUCUAUGGGCUUUAAGGAUAAAACCUAACCAAGAAGAAGUUAUGGAAGGGUUUGAGGAGAGAAUGACGGAAAGAGGGUUGGUUGUAAGAGGAUGGGUUGAGCAAAGGGAAGUACUUGAACAUAGGAAUGUCCAAGGGUUUCUGAGUCAUUGUGGGUGGAACUCGGUGAUAGAGAGCAUUUGUGCGGGUGUACCGAUCUUGGCUUGGCCUAUGAUGGCGGAACAACAUUUGAACGCGAAGAUGGUGGCCGAGGAGAUCGAGGUGGGAGUGAGAGUUGAGACCAUUGAUGGGUCACCAAGAGGGUUUGUUAAGUGGGAUGGUUUGAGUAAAAUGGUCAAAGAGUUGAUGGAAGGUGAGAUGGGAAAGAAGGUAAGGCAGAAGGUAAAGGAGUUAAGUGAGGUUGCUAGAAAAUCGGUUGAAGAGGGAGGAUCAUCUUGGUGUAAUAUGGAAUUGUUAUUGAACGAGUUAGAGAUGGAGCAAGUCAAAAUUUAGUGCCCUAAUCCAAGUCAUUUAAGUUGUUUCGGGGCCUUUGGUUUGCAAAGAGAAAAUGAUUGGGAUCUAAGUGAAAAGGAAAGAAAAAAUAGUCUUAAUUAUUGUUGUUGUUUGGGUAGAUACAAGAAGUGAAGAAGGGGCAAUUAUAGUUGCCAUUGUGGAAAAAAAAAAAA